UUUGGAUUAUAAAAUGGAUUAUGUAGGCAUUGGAAAAAAGAAAACGGAGCUAGAUAAAGAUUACAUAUUUGGUCGUUGGGGUCCAUACCAAACUUUGCAAGCUGCCUUUGUAUUUUUCCAUACAUGGGAGACAGGUUUUCAACUAUUGGUCGGUGUUUUCAUCGCAUAUAGACCUGGAUUUCAAUGUGCCACACCGUACUUUGAUAACAUAUCGCUGUCAAAUGAUUCCAGUUACGUCCUCUACGGGAAAUGUCAAAUCAAAGUAUUUCAUAACGACACCGAUGGCCCUAAGCUUGACUCUGUUCGGGAAUGUACCAGUGAUUAUAAGUACACGUUGGAUAAAGAGAAAACCAUUGUUACCGAGUUUGAUUUGGUUUGUGAUAAUUCCAAUUUGGCGGAAUUCCUUCAGACCCUGGUUAUGGCUGGUCAGCUAGUAGGAGCAGUCUGUGCCUCUUCUCUUAGUGAUAGAGUGGGCAGAAAAACCGUACAUCUUUGUUCGAACCUCUUGACCUUAAUCUUUGGAAUAAGUGUGGCCUUUGCCCCAAAUUAUACUACACUGGCAAUCUUAAAGUUCAUCCUUGGAGUCCUGCAACAGGGAAUGGUUAUGUCCGCUGCGGUUUUUACAGUAGAACUCUUUCCAGAAAAGACCCGUUAUUUGAGUAAACUUACCGGAUCAUUCAUGUUUACGACUGGCUUGGUAUUAAUGUCUGCCAUUGCGUACCUGCUACGAAGUUAUCCGUGGAGAUACCUGCAGAUAACUUUGAGCUGUUUUUCAUUACUUAGUUUGAUUCAAUAUUGGGUUCAGGAUGAAUCAUUGAAAUGGCUGAUUGCAAACGGAAAAACUAAAGAAAUUAAAAGAAUCUUAAGAAAAGUAUCUAAGUGGAACAAAUUGGAUUAUGGCGAAUUGUUCGCAAACGUGAACCAGAAAAUGAAUGUUUCCAACAUGGAAAAACCUUUAAAUGCGGAAUUGCAAUUGCGAAAUAAUAAAACUGCGAUUAGUGUCGAGAAAUACUCCAUAUUAACUAUACUACAAAACAGAUCUCUUCUAUGGAUAACCCUUUUGAUGGGUUUUGUAUGGAUAACUAAUACCUUGACCUACUUUGGUUUGCUCUUGACCGCGACAUCAUUAGCCGGCAAUCACUUUUUCAACUUUUUCUUAUCGGCGUGCGUGGAGUACAUCUCGUUUAUCUUAGAAGUCUUUAUGCUUUACAGGUUUGGACGGCGUACCGCUCUGAUGUUUUUUCACUGUAUCACUGGAACGUCAUUGGCUCUAGCUACACUACUUAAUUACUUUUCAGAUGGAGAUGAAACGCUGAUUUUGCUCUCUGUAAUAGCAACAUUUGCAGGGAAAAUGUCCGUCACAGGGUCAUUCAGUACACUCUUUCUAUUCACACCUGAAUUGUAUCCUACUAAUCUAAGAAAUGUUGGAAUCGGGAUUUGUUCAACUUUUUCAAGAAUUGGCGCUAUGAUAUCUCCAUUCGUUGGAAUUUUGGCCAGCCAUGUACCAUGGGCACCGGGGACCAUAUUUGUAAGCAUGUGUUUUAUUGUCAUCAUUAUAGCGUUGUAUCUGCCGGAAACCCGCGGAAUGGAUCUACUACAGUCAUUGGGAGAAGUGAAAAUUUGGUAUGCUGGAAACAUCGGAUUUCGACUGAAAAAAGGUCGAAAGAAAAAUAAAUCUACACCAGAAAUACUCGUCCAUUGUGACAGUUAACAAUUACAAGUGGAAAAUUUGUUUUGGUGACUUUUUGUUCUCAAUUAAUCCCCAAGUACCCAAACUCCGUCACCAUAUGCAGAAACAUGUCGUGUUUCUCUGGAAAUUAAUUUUUGCGGUUUUAUAAUUUGGAAUCAAUAAAUAAAGUCUGAAACGUUAUAAUUAAUAAAAAUAUCAACAAAAAUAUUUUUAUUAUUAUUCAAAUAAGCCCUCUGAAUACGACGUCCUUUUCAUAAUGCAUGGAUGCCGUUUGGUUACUGU